AUGCCGCUGAAAGACUCUACUGAGACAAAGAUGGGCUGUCAAGAACGUAGAGGAGUAGUUGGAGUCGGCGGCUCUCCCAGGGUCCCUCAUCUGAGAUCCCUGGGGAAGAGGAUUAAGUUGGCCCUUGCGAACAGCUUGAUGUACUAUCUCCCUUCAACCCUUUGCGCGAAAGGCGGCAAAAGAAAAGGAAGGAAAAUCCAUGGACCGACCCCAUCAUCUCCACCCCGUAGGAACUACGAGAUCACCCCAAGGGCGCCUUCGGCAUCCAGGGGUCACGGACCGACCAUAGAACCCUGUUCAAUAAGUGGAAGGCAUUAG